AUUUUUAUGUAAAAGUUACCUUAAUGUGUAAUUAAUAAUUAUAAUUAUGGCGUCAGGUUUAGAAAGCUACGUGAAUCACACGGUUUCUAUUAUUACUUCUGAUGGUAGGAACUUUAUUGGUACACUAAAGGGUUUUGAUCAAACCAUUAACAUAAUAUUGGAUGAAUCACAUGAACGUGUAUAUAGUACAACACAAGGUGUAGAACAAGUAGUAUUAGGUUUACAUAUCAUUAGAGGUGAUAAUGUGGCAAUUGUAGGAGAAUUGGAUGACGAGAUGGAUGCACGUUUAGAUCUAUCAGCUAUAAGAGCUGAUCCUUUAAGUUCGAUUGUACAUUAA